AAAAAUAAACAAACGUGCCAAGUUUAAUUUAAAACUGAUAUUAAUCUACGUUUAUUUACGUUGAUUUUAUUUCUAGCUUGCCUUUCUCACUAUAAGUUGACUAAAUUUGAAAAUGACGACAUAUUUGAGUGAAUUUCAUCAGUAUUUUCCAUCUUUCCAAAACCAAUGUUUCGUCUACACGUCAACUGUCUUUGAACUGACAAGUCUCAACUAUCGUCCAAUCAAACUAUAACACGAAUUGCUCAAAAAGAAAAUUAUUACGCCACAAGAUGUUGAUAUCUGUAUGAUAUAAUAAUCAUCGUUUCAAGUUGUAGAAACGAGAGAGAACAGAUAUCUUCAAACCAAACGAGGAAUAUUAUUAUACUCUGGAUAUAUAGCCUACUGUUAUGAACGAAACAGAAAGAAGAAAAUUCAAUUGUUUGUAACUUGUUAGGCCUACAUCAGUACCAUCUUCAAUAGAAGGCUUGAUCUCGCCUUAACUACGUAUAUCUUAUCAAACUCGCGGUCAGUUGCUUCAGGAACAUGCAUCAGUACAUGCAGCUGAAGAGAUAUAAUGAAUGAAAGAAAAAAGAUGAUGAUGUUAUUGAUAGCUUUAAGCUGUGGACUUACAACAGCUUUAGCGAACGGGGUUAGCAAACAAGAUGAAGAUCCUGUAAUUGGAAUAGAUCUUGGUACAACAUAUUCAUGUGUUGGCAUUUCUAUUAAAGGACAAAUAGAAAUUUUACGAAAUGACCAGGGUAAUCGAAUAACUCCAUCCUACGUAGCUUUUACAGAUAAAGGUGAGCUUCUUAUUGGUGAUGCUGCCAAAGAUCAGCAGAUCUCUAACCCUGAAAAUACUGUCUUUGACGUUAAACGUUUGAUUGGUCGAACCUGGGAUGAUCCAUCUGUUCAGAAAGACAAAGAAUAUUAUCCAUUUAAAAUUGUUAACAAAAAUGGCAAACCACAUAUCCAAAUAACUGUUAAGGGUCAGAAACGAAUCUUUGCCCCUGAAGAAAUAUCCGCCAUGGUUUUAGGAAAGAUGAAGGCAAUCGCCGAGGAUUAUUUGGGUAAAAAUGUAACCAGGGCUGUUGUCACAGUUCCUGCCUAUUUUAACGAUGCCCAACGUCAAGCUACCAAGGAGGCUGGAAGAAUAGCUGGUCUAGAUGUUUUGAGAAUUUUGCAUGAACCGCAAGCAGCAUCUUUAGCGUAUGGUUUACAUAAGAAAGAUGGAGAACAGAAGAUUGUUGUUUAUGAUUUGGGUGGAGGAACUUUUGAUAUCUCUGCUCUUGAUAUAGAUCAUGGUGUAUUUGAUAUUCUUUCUACAAAUGGAGAUACACAUUUAGGUGGUGAAGAUUUUGAGCAACGAGUAAUGGAGUAUUUCUUAAAAGUUAUCAAAAAGAAAAGUGGUAAAGAUAUCAGAACGGACAACCGAGCUGUACAGAAAUUACGUCGUGAAGUAGAAAAAGCCAAAAGAACCUUGUCUUCCCAACAUCAAGCUAGAAUUGAAAUUGAAUCUUUAUUCGAUGGUGAAGAUUUCUCAGAAACUUUAACCAGAGAUAAAUUUGAAGAAUUGAACAUGGAUUUGUUCUGGUCGACUUUGAAUCCAGUAAAGAAUGUGUUGAAGGAUGCUGAGUUGGAGAUAUCAGAUAUAGAUGAAGUUAUUUUAGUUGGUGGUUCAGCUAAUAUACCUAAAAUCUCUCAACUUGUUCAUAUCUAUUUUAACAAAAAGGUCUCAAGUUAUUCUAUAAAUCCCGAUGAAGCUGUUGCCUAUGGUGCUGCUGUACAAGCUGGUUUCCUUGGUGACGAAGAGAUGGAUGAGGGUUGUUUUUGUUGCGAUGUUAAUCUCCUGACACUUGGUGUAGAAACUGUUGGUGGUGUCAUGAAAACCAUUAUUCCCAGAAACACAGUCAUUCCAACCAAAAAAUCUCAGAUAUUUUCUCCGGCUGCCGAUAAUCAGCCUGUUAUAAUUAAAGUGUUUGUAGGUGAGAGAACUAUGGCCAAAGAAAAUCAUUUAUUAGGACAAUUCUAUUUAAACGGAAUCACUCCAGCUCCACGCGGUGUCCCCCAAAUUGAAGUCACUUUUGAAAUUGAUGUCAACGGUAUUUUAGAAGUAGUUGCUGAACACAAAGGAACAGGGCAGAAAGAGAAAAUAUUAAUAGAAAAUAUUUACAGUGAACUAACACCAGAGCAGAUCGAAAAAAUAGUCCAAGAUGCAGAAGAUGAUGAAGGAAUUCUACUUGGAGAUAUUUUUUAAAUUUUAUACAAAAGGUAACCCUGCCAACCCAGGUACAGAUAAAAUAGAUUAAUUUGUGCUGCGGAAUACAUAUAUUCACUACAAUAUAUUAAAUGUAGAUACUGUAAAAUAGAUUUGAUUUGAAGAAUAUUAAUAUUCCAUGGAGCGAGAGAGAGAGAGAGAGGACACUAGAGCACCCAGAGAAAACCCAUGAGGUUGGACAGGUGACCCUACUCCUUGUCACGUACAACUGGGUAAUUGAAACCACGCUAGUUGACUCAAUGACGGAAAUGAAAUAAAAUGGGGUUUAACGUCCUACUGUUCUGCUCCUAACCUGGGCUAAUGAAGACGGGCAUAUGCCAUACAGUGUGCUAUGAGGAAAAUUUUGCCCGGGCAGCGGCGCUACGGCCUACUCUUAUAUCGAACUCCAACUGCCAAGGGAUCUUUUAUGUGUACGCCACUGUGUACACAGGACCUCAGUUUUUCAUCCCAUCCGAACAACUAGACAGCUGUCCUUGUCAGGCCCUCCGUCCUGCAUGACUGACAAGGGGAAACCACGCCGGAAAAUCUGGAUGAACUUUCUCGGCCAAUGCAGGGAUCGAACACCCGACCUUCAGGCUAGCAAGCCAGCGUCUUAUCCACUAAGCCACGUGAUCCCCACUCAAUGACGGACCUUAUGAUACAGCGCGUACACGCUACCAUUCGGCAAUCCCCCCAAGAUUUAAAGAAUACCAAUAUUCGCUGUAAUACAUUCCAGAUUUGAAUAUUCAGUGUAAAUUUGUCCAUAUUUUAAUUUAUUAUUUGUCAAAUCUUUAUUGUUAAAUAUUGAAAAUAAUUUCCUUUUAUUCAUUAUAAGAUGUAGUCUUAAUUAAAAUUUUACCAACAUUUUGUUUCAAUAAAUUUAUCCAAAUAUUUACUCCUCUUCGUCUUGAUUUGAAGUCAUUUCUUUGUAAGGCAUGUUCAGUAAUACACAGGUUGUGAUUGGUGGUAUCUGAUCAACUUACCAAUCAAAACUGAUGAUACAGAAAAUUUUCUAAUCAAGGUCAAAGGUACAAAUAUGCUUAUAAAACCUUUAGUAGGCUAAAUCUGUUUGUUACGGCCAGCUCAAUUUUUGUCAAGCUUGCUGAGAUGUAAAUAAGGUUAGGGCAUGUGAUUGUUGGUGAAAUUGUAGGUUAGGUUUAGGGUAAGCAUUAGGGCUAGGUCCAGGGUUAGGGUUAGGGUUGGGAUUAGCGCUAGCCCUGUUUACAUCUUGUGACCUUUGACCAAACUUGAAGUCGGCCUUAUCAAAUAGAUCUUACCGUGGACAGAGGACUCGAGCAAUCAUUUUACAGACUUUUUGCUACUUAUUUAUCCAAUCUGAUUAAAAUACAGAUCUAUAUUUCGUUUCGUUUUUUUACACUCUCUCUAUAUCCUCCACCUGAAGAUCUGAGCAGUUGUAGUGGAAGGUCGCAUCAGGGGUCAUACUAUUGACUUUUGAUCCUAUGACCUCAGACAUUUGAUUAACAAAUCAGCGGUGAUGUUUCUAGUGGGAUACCCACAGUUCCGUGCACCUCACGCCAAGAACUUGAAGUAACAGACUGUUUCAUUCGCUAAUCCCUCACAUCAUACAGAACGAGGGUUAAAUAACAACUCUUCCAGAUCCUAGUGUAGUAAAGACAAGUUAAAUGAAAUUUUGAACCAUAAAAAACAAAACGAAAUAGGAGCUGUGUUUAACCAGAUUGCUUCUUUAUCUUCUUUCGGGAUGUGGAAUACGAAGACUGAUCCUGAUUGAAAAGUUUUGAAUAAAUGGAAUUGAUUGAGUAUGAUAAAUUUAUAUUAUUUCUUUAUUCAACAUCUUUUCAUUUUCUGUACAGACAAUAUGAUAAUAUAUUAUUUAUUUAUUAACUUAUAAAUUAUAUUUGAUUAUGACUAAUAUUAAACAAUAAUCUUCUCCAUGACAAUACUGGUAGUUUAAAAUGGGGUGUAUUCAUUGCAAAUCAAUAAAUUAUACAAAUCUGUUA